GUUUUAUAUUCGGACUAGAGUGAGAAGUGCGUGUACAGUCAAUCAAAGGUGUGUUGACCGAGCGUUUUAGCUUUCUGUACUCUUUGACUGGUAAUGGCCUGUGCUAAGCAAAAAGAAGUUGAUAAACAGCUGUGUUGUGCUAUCUGUCUGGAACAAUUCAGGGAACCAAAAGUGUUACCAUGCCUGCACACCUACUGUAAAGGGUGCCUUGUGAAACUAGUGAAGAGGAAGGGACCUGAUCAUAUCAUAACCUGCCCAGAGUGCCGCCAGGAUGUAACAAUUACUGAUGGAGAUGUUGGCAAACUGCAGUCAAAUUUCUGGGUAAACAACUUUAUAACCCUACUAAGCAUGCGGGACAGCAAUAUGUCUUCACCCAAAAAGCCACUUGUGUGUGAACACUGUGACAGUGGGGACCCAGCCUUAUCUCGAUGUUCCAACUGCUGUGUUUUCAUGUGCGAGUUUUGUGUAACUGCACAUAAAAGAAUCACUGCAACAAGGAGUCACAAGAUCUUAUCCCUGGAGGAAGUCAAGAGAGUUGGCUCGAAGGCCCUUGUCAAGCCAGAAUUCUGUGAAAAGCAUGGUGAAGAGUUACUCAAGCUCUUUUGUCAGACUUGCCAGAAAACAAUCUGCCGAGACUGCACCAUUGUCGAUCACCGAGAGCACAAGUACCACUUUGUGGCUGAUAUUGCUGAAGAAGAAAGAAGUUCUGUGCGCGUUAUUCUCGAGAAAUGUAUUGCUAAAGAAAAGGCAGUUGAAAAAGGUCUGAAAGCGGUACAGAACAUGAAAGUUCGUGUCCUAAGCAAAGUCUCAGAGGUAAACAAACGGGUGGAUUCUUUCAUUUGUGAGCAAGUGAAGAUAUUAGAAGAACACCGUGCACACCUGAAGCAUGAAGCUACAACACGAGGCCAAGUUAAAGUCAAGCAGCUUGAGAGUCAGGCAGACGAUCUUUCCUCCCUUUUGGUCCAGUUGAGAAGUGCCAUUGAUUUCACCAGCCAGGCCAUAGAAGAUGGAGAUGACAUAAAGCUCCUGUCCCUGAAGACACAACUUGUCCAGCGACUUUCUAAGCUUAAUUCUUCACAAGACCAGUUGAAACCCUGUCGGAAUGAUUACAUGAAAUUUCAAGUGAAAAGAUCGAUUAAGGAUGAGGGGGAAUUGGCACAAGUGAUGCACACUCAGUGUGACCCCAAGAAGUGCACCAUUAGCACGAAAGGGGAACAAGGAGGGUAUCCACGUCAGACCAGAAUUGAUCAAAUAGUGUAUUUCACACUUAUCAUCAAGGAUGGAAGCGGUGUUAGAGUUACAGAAGGUGGACACAAAGUGAGCGUUCAGGUUAAUUUAAAUCCUAUAUCAAGCUCGUACCUAGCAACAAAAUUUGUUCCAACCAGACAAAAACGGGAAAAUGAAGUUUGGCGAGAACUUAUGGCGCAAGAUAAUGGUGAUGGGUCAUAUUCUUUCAAUUAUUGCCCAAAGCAACCUGGAUUUUUUAGUAUAUCGGUGAUGGUUGAGGGUCAACCCAUAAAGGGUAGUCCAUUUAAAUGGCAAAUCAACCAGGCAAGUUACGAAGACUAUCAAUUCGCCAGUCCUCGAGCGAAUUGGAAUUGACCUAAACGAUAACUUUCACAGAGGUUCAUUUGUAAUAAUCAAAAACUCACGCUUUCUCAUUGUUUUGUGAGUCACCCUGUGUCAUCAUCUGGGGUAAUGGUUUUCUUUUUAAUCGAGAGUCGAUUUUCCGUCACUUAGUGCAUAGAAACAUUGGAAGUGGCAGAAGGACAUAUGGUUGACAAUUUCAUUUGUAAUAAUUGUAACACUAAACUCCUACUAAUCUGCUAGAUGAUCCUCUUGUGCAAUAACAGUCAUGGCGGAAUUACAAGAGUUUGUAUGGGAAUAUUUACGAUCGCCCUAAGGAAUUAAAAAGUACGUCAAAUUCUUAAUAAGAAUACCUCACCUUACUUCUACAGCAUAUCACUUGUUAUAUGACCGCUUACUUUGAUGAAAAGAACCCAUUUCAGAGAGUUGUCCAUUUCGAGGUUUUCCAUAAGCCCAAGGCUGAACGCUCUAUUUCCGAAUGCCCGAUCCAAGAAGCGAAAAGUCCCAGCGCAAAAUGACCGGGCGGCCAUAAAUCCAACGCAGAAUCCAAGCACAUACACUUUAGUUUCAUUUGAAUUCACUAAAAACUCAAUCUUGUGAUUAACAUAAAACUUCUCCCUAGAAUAUCCAUACUCAAUUCAGGAAACAGGUGAUGAGAAUUUUCGAACUUAUCAGGUAGAAUCUGCUCUCUUGAUCUAACACCAAGUUCUCAUGACUUAUUUACAAGGAAAUGUGUAGCAGCUAGAGGGGAGCAUUGACGAUCAGAUAUUGGGAGUUGAAGGGUUAAUUCGCCGAUUCAAACGGUAAAAUGCUCUUUCUUCAAAGAAAGAAAAUUCUUUUUUAUCACGAUGCGCCGAUCGCAUCCAAUUAGAUAUUUCUGCAAGAAAUUAGUUUUUCAUCACGCGUCAAAUGAUUGUGAAAUAAUUAUUGUCUUGUGUCACGGCCAGAGAAUAUUGUGGGAAAUUCCGUCUAGAAAGAGGUUCAAUGAGUGGAGGAGUAAUUCAACGUUUUAUCAAAAUGGCGACUCAAGCGAACACAUGUCUUUCUCCCAGACCCCUCUCGAAUUACAAGCUGGUAUUCCACAGCGGACCCAUAAAUAACGACGUCCUCAGUCUAAUACGGUUAGAAACAGUAACAAUACAAAUCCAACGUUCUAAUGAGUAACAAAAUAGUCAAUAAAAGA